AUAAUCAAUAAAUCUCACCCCCCAAUAUAUUUUGCAUUUUCACUAUCAUCACUCAUCACCUCUCUCCCUAAACUCAACCGGUCAUUUCUCUCACUUUUUCUAUAAUGGACUCUGCUAGCUCUGCUACAGUUCAACAUGUUAACAAGAAGUCUUCCGAUGAAUUACUUAAAAAGUUUGCUGAAAUGGGUUCGGAUUCGGGUGAUGAGGCCCCAGCGAGAAAAGAGUUAAGGGUGUUGAAACGCCGGAAAAGGGGUAGGAUAAUAAGAGAAGGUGGUCAAUGUGAGAGCCCAUCUAAUAGUACUAGCUUAGUGGAAAGGAGGUCUCUUCUUCCUCUAGUGCCAACAAGGAGGUCAGAAUUGCUUCGGCAACUUGGGAUUGGGAGGACAAAGCUGAGGGCAAGGGAUAUCAAGAACAAGUCCCUCUUGGGAACCAUUGAGAAGACAUGGCGUAAAACUGUAGAAGGGGCUUCAAAAGUAUUUAUAGAGAAGCAUUACAACCGGCACAAGCGUUUAAUAAAUGACACUGUCUAGCUUCAACUCUCUCUCUCUCUCUCUCAUAUAAAGCUUUUUUUAAUGUGGCCUUAAUGCCAUGGAUGGGAAGGGGAAAUUCUUAGCCGUCGUAUAUUGGCAUUAAAUUUACACUAGUUUUUUUUUUUAGAGGAAAUUUACACUAGUUGUUCUUAUUAUAAGUAUUUCAUUUCAUAUAUAAGAAAUAAAUUAAGAUCAAUUUAAUUAA